UAUCAAUGAAUUUGAGGGAAUUGAAUCAAUAGUUGGACCAUAUGUUCGAAGAGAUUGUGAUGGAAUUUGGAUUGAUCAUGGACCAUCAUGAAGAGCAUCCCGAAGAGGAACUUGAAGACAAUGCAGAUGAAGGUAUCAAUUUAGAAGAGGCUGGUAAUGAAGAUCUUACAACAAAGAAGAAGAAAAGUAGGCAGACUAAGGGGAUAGUGCGAUUGGCAAAAAUAAUUGCUGACAAGAUCAAAGGGAUUAAGAUAAAUUUAAGGUUUAACAAGAGAGGGCAAUCAAUUGGAACUCCGGAGAGAGCGUUACAAUGCUAUUUGGGGAUGCAAGCAAAGUCAAUGGUGUCAAUUACAUAUGAUAAUUGGCAUGAUGUUCCUGCUGCAACUUUAGAGAAUGUUUGGAAAGAUGUAAAUUUAGCUUUUCAUCUUAACGAGGGAAUGAGAAAGGAAGUGAUGAGUUCAGUAGGCAUCAAGUGGAGGACAUUCAAAACAUUUUGA